AUGUUCAUCCAAUAUUCUAGCACACAAUUGAUCUCAAAUGGCAUACUUAUGAAGGCUAAUUGUCCAAAGAGCUACCUAUCAAGGACAAUAGGCUGGGACAAGUACCCUCAUGGCGGAUGGGGUGAUUCUCGCAAUCCAUCUUAUGGUGCUUCAUCUGAUUAUCAGUUCUUACGACCCCAGGCAAGUGGCAAGAAACUUCUUCAAGAGUGGGUUGUCCCCUUGAGAAGUGUUGAGGAUAUAAAUGAGGACAAAGGUGAAAAUGGUCCUCAUGUCGUUUGCCUUAGCAUGAUUAUGGAAGGCACAGAUGACAUCUCUGACUCGAUUAACCCAUGCCUCCAACGCCGUGCAGGUUGGGGAGACAAGAUGAAUGCUCUUGGUGACAAGUGCAAGGCUUUCCCUUUCGUAACUCACAUGGCUGUCAACAAAGGAGGAAGUUGGAUAUCUAAUGUUGCCUUGACUGACGUGAAUGCUUCUUUCCCAGCAAAGGAGAUUAUCCAACCAACAGUUAUGGAUCCUACCAGCUUCAGUGUGUGGAAGGAUGAGGCAUUUGAAAUCUGGUCAAGAGUAUGGGCUUCCUUGUACCCAGAGGGUGACCCAUCCAGAACACUACUUCAGGAGGUCCUCAGCACGGAAUUUAUGAAAACCAGAAGAAGGCGUAUUUCUGCAUGGGCUUCUGAGGCAGACGUGCUGGAUUUGAUUAACCCACCAGCAGAGCUUGAGAAGAGGACGCACAAGCUCAAGCGACUUGUUCAGUUCCCAAACUCAUUUUUCAUGGAUGCGAAGUUGAGCAAGGCAAACCAGGAGCUCUUUUACAUGAUGAGUCCACCAUAUUUUCAAGUUUCGCUAAAGCUUCGACAAUGUGAUCACCUAACAGUUGCUAUUUGCAUAUCCAACAGGGGUGCUCUUUCAGGAAGAAGAGAUGAUGAUGAAUGGAACGGCGGCUAUGCAUCUGAGGGAGCUAGGAACCUCACCCCAAAAGUGGGCUCACACACGGGUAGCUGCUGGGACCCGAGUGGCUUGCUAUCAUGA